AUGUGCCAAGGCCUGCUGACGACGAAGGAGGAGUGGAUGAGGACCCGGGACCGCGGCGAGGCGGUUCCCGCGAUGGAGCUGUUGCUUCUGGACCCUGAGCUGGGGGAAGGCAAGAUCGUGUUCAAGCUGUGGGAGAUGAACAAGCCGAACGGGACGACGAGCUACAUUACUGGAACCAUGUGGUUAAGAAGCAUGGGCUUAAGACAGGGGAAGUGGUUCAAGUGUGGGGGUUUAGGAUGGGAGAGGAUGAGCCAGGGAGGUUAG